GCUUAUAAAAUUAUAUUCGCUCACAGCUCCUCGCGACGGCGACGAGAGAGAGCAUUGCGAAGUACUUCGAUUUCGUUUCGCCUGUGCUGUCAUGUUCAGAUAACAUCUUGGUGCCGUGAUAACGGCCUUCAAGAUAAUUUCAUACUGUGUUCUAAACUAAUUCGAAGUACAGUGCUCUACGAUAUCGUUUCGGACAUCAAUUCAAAUCUAUCGUAAGCGUCUAAUAUGGGCACAAAUAUGAUGGCACCUUUAACCACAAGAAUUCUACCGCAGCUGCAUUAUUUGUGUCAUCACAGAUAUCUCUCGAGCGUGAGUCAAUGUACCGUGUACGAUCUGGUGAUCGUCGGCGGCGGCAUCGUCGGAUGCGCCACAGGCCGUGAGAUGAUUAUGAGACAUCCGAACCUGAAAAUUGCAAUUGUCGAAAAAGAGAACGCCCUGGCCAGACAUCAAACGGGACACAACAGCGGUGUAGUGCACGCCGGCAUUUAUUAUACGCCUGGAAGCAUGAAGGCGAAACUUUGUGUAGAAGGUCUGAAGCUCUCGUACGAAUACUUUUGCAAGAACAACAUACCACACAAGAAAAUCGGCAAACUGAUUGUCGCCCAGAACCAGGACCAAGUCAAGAGAAUAGACGACCUCUUUGAUCGAGGUAUGAAGAACAACGUUCCGGACCUUGAGAUUGUUGAAAAAGACUGCAUAUCGAAAUAUGAACCUAAAUGUCAGGGAGAAAAAGCCUUAUGGUCGCCGUGGACUGGCAUAGUAGAUUGGGCAGUGGUGUGUCAACACUUCGCAAACGAUUUCCAGAAAAUGGGAGGUGAGAUUUUUCUAAACUUCGAAGUGACAGGAUUCACGGAGAUGACUGAAUCAAAAGGGCAAUCUGAUCUAUGUCCCAUAUCCGUACAGUCGAAGAAUCGAAGCAUACCAGCGAAGAAUGUGCUGACGUGCGCCGGUUUACAUUCGGAUCGGUUGGCGGUGAUGACGGGCUGCGAUUUAAGUCCACGUAUAAUCCCUUUUCGUGGAGAGUAUCUUCUACUGAGCGAGAGCAAGCGGCAUCUCAGCACGACCAACUUGUACCCGGUACCCGAUCCCAGAUUUCCAUUCUUAGGAGUACACUUUACACCUAGAAUGAGCGGCGAUGUCUGGCUAGGUCCCAACGCUGUCUUGGCGCUCGCUAGAGAAGGCUACAGCUGGUUCGACAUAAAUAUAAAAGACUGUAUAGAAAUGGCGAAAUUCCCUGGCCUGUACAAGCUGUGCUUCCGAUAUUUUGUACCAGGUUGCAUGGAGGUGAUAAAAUCGAUUUUCUACCCGCUGGCAGUAAAGGACCUGCAAAAGUUUAUCCCGGAAGUAACAUAUAAAGAUGUCAAGAGAGGACCAACCGGUGUGAGAGCACAGGCGUUGGAUAACGACGGCAAUCUAAUCGACGAUUUCGUUUUCGACUCCGGCACCGGUACUAUCGGAAGCAGAGUGCUACAUUGCCGAAACGCACCAUCACCCGCUGCGACUAGCUCUAUGGCGAUAGCAAAAUUUAUCGCCGAUAAACUCGAUGCUGAUUUUAAGUUCUAAUAUGACAAUACAGUUGACGUCAGUACAUCAUGCGUGAUUACGUAAUCAAACAAGAAACGUGAGAGGAACAACAGGCACUUUUAUCGAAGGGUUUCUAAAGAAGCUAGAUGUAUAUUUUCUGAAUCAAAUAAUAUCUCUCGUAUAGUAUUGCUAAGUAAUUUGGUCUUCCAUGAAAUAAAAUGCAUUUAUGCAUAUGCAUAUAUAAA